GGCCAUGGCGAACGGAGCGCCUGAGGAACGCGGCUUGCUUCAGCUCAGCUGCCGGGGCGCCUGGAGGAGACAUGACCCAGUUUCUCAAUAGCAGCCAGAGCAGCGAGCGGGAUGGCCGCGCUCCAUGGGACUCUCUCGGCAGUCCCGCCGGGCUCUCUUGCAAGCGGGCGGGCCGGGCAGACAGCGCCAGGAAUGGCAGGAACCAAUGUAUUACUGACUUCUUCCAGCCAGUUCCAAAACAAGAUCGAGCUGUGUUAUGUAGUCCAGAAAAAAGAAAUGGGAAGUUUGGGCUCGCAAACUCAUAUGCAGACUCUCCUGGAAGAAACAUAUCUUCUCCAAAGCAAAAUAGAAGGAAGAAAUUUCCACCACCACCACCUGAUAGGAGCCCCAUAAUUGAUGCAUUUUUGAAAGGUGCCAAGAUUAAAAAAAAAGACAGUUCAAAUGAUGAUGCAGCUUAUGUUGCUGUGAAAGCCACAUAUCCAAAAGUUGUGGUUCGGAAACUCUUUACAUUAGAAGGCUCUUCAGAUUGUCCCUUCAAAGAUGAUACUUGUUUGAGGGGCCUGGAAAAGAGUGAAAUACAUCUUCUUCCAACAACAGCACCAUUAGUAGAGAACCAUAGAGAAUGUAAAAUGGAAUAUAUGGAUCUAGAUACAACCAGUUCUGGCUUGAGUAAAUGGGCCUCAGCAUCAGAAAAUGAAAGCCAUAUAUCCUGGUGCCAAAAAACAGCGUGUUCCGAGACACUACAGCCCAGCCCAGCCAAUGCUUCACUCCAGUCAUCAUUAGAAACUCUUGGCAGAAAUAAAAAAGCGAAGAAAGAAAAAAAGAUGCUGUUUAAUCAGCAGCCUUCUAGUUCUGCAAAGGAAUCUUUGGCAACUAGUGUUUCUCAGCAGAAUACCAUGGAUCUCUUAAGAAAAAGAUUGUGUUCAGCUUCAUGUGAAUCUUCUACAGAUGAAUCCUCUACAACACAAGCUUCAAAAGUUGCAGUUUCUUCAAGACAAUUAUCUAAUAAGGCUAUAAACACAAGAAGAUGCCAGUCCUGUCCAUCAGUAUGUGCUUAUUCCAGGACUUCAUUGGGAAUAUCCAGAUAUAAAGAACAUCCUGAAAAACGAAAACGAAUCUCUUCGAACAGCAAUCUGAAAAAUCUACAAAAAUUAGCUUUACAGAGUUUGGAUACACAUAAUUUUAGUGGUUUGUUGGAAAAGCACAAUUCUGAACAUGCAAGAUCCAGAACGUCUCCUGGUGGAGAGGAAGAACUUAAAGAUAGGAAUCCAACUGACAGUGACUUGCCUCUUUCAACUCAAUAUCUUGAUGGCUGUGAAGAAAAUGGAAACCAUGAUUCUUAUAAAAAAAUACGACCCUUACCGGUCGGCUGCAUUGCAAAUAAAAAUAAUCCCGUCCAUACUACAGAUGCCAAAGAGGGUCAGUCACAGACAGUCAUUUCUAAUUCUUACUUAGAGCAGAUGCUUCCUUCGUGUCCAGAACAAAUAGGUGUUAAAGCUCCUAGCAAUAUAUUGAUUACAUCUGAAGAAAAUUCCUUGUUUUUCCAAGAAUCGAAAGAUGUCAUUUCCCAUAUUCAGAAUGAUAAUUUAUUUCAAGCACUGCAGAUGAACAUUGAUGAUAAAGGCCUUCCCCUUUCUGUGUCUGAUAGCUUUCCCUCAACUUCACACAAUAGUUUCUCAAAAGUGGAAACACAAAAGACUUUGAAGGAUACUUCUAACAAUGUUUUGUCAUCAGUUGAUUGUGAUCAUGUUGCCACCCCUCCUUUUUCACAUGACUUGAACAAGUUGAGCAAUGAAGAUUCAAAUCUAGAGAUGUCGGUGUCGAAUAAAAAAUUAAAGAGCCUUUCUGAUAGUGAGGAUGAGAAUCCUGACUGCAGUCUGGGCAACAGUGAUGAUGAGAUACUAUUGCCAUUUGAGGAUAUACUGGCCCAGAGUUCUAAACCUACAAAAAACCCAGAACCCACAAGUGAUGAGGAUAAUAUACAAGACACCAUGAUUCAAUCACACACUAGUUUUCUUUCCAAACCUUCUGCUGGGACUCAGGUCUCCUAUAUCAAUCAGCUAGAACGUCUUCUAAAGGAGAAGGAGGAAUUCAGAAGGGUAGAUGAACUAGAGAAACAGCUACAGCAUGUUAAACGGCAAGUGGAAAGAGAUUUGUCAUCUGAAGAACUGUCUAAGGAUGGAGAACUGUCUGCUGAACACAGAGCAUUUAUAGAGAGAUUUUCAGUAAUCGAUGUUAUUCCAGACCAGCACCCUGGAGAAAAUAUAUUCCAAAUGGCUCAUGCUGGGAAGAUUUUUAAUCAACGUAACCUUGAUUUGAGGAAUUAUGGGUUCUUUCCCCAUAGUCCUAUUGAAAAGUACCUUCUUGGCUCAGGAAUAACUCAGCAGCUUUUCGUAAUUAAUGAAGGCUUACUUAUGUCUGCAUACUACAGUUCUCCUUGCCCAGUACCCAUUUUAAAGUGGAUGUUUCAGAUGAUGUCGGUUCAUUCAGACAGAUCGGUUUCAAAGAAGAUUUUAGAUAUGUUGAUGGCAUUAACAAUAACAAAUGCAUCAGUUUCUGACCCACUGAGGCCGUGGAUUCCAUCGCUGUGUGAUAUAGCAACUGUAUUAACCAAUAUGGGCAUUCCUUUUAACACUUUAUUCCCUCUGCUGGAUUUUCAGCCUCCCUUUAAUAAGGAUAAUAUUAUGUGUGAAAUGUACAAGACUGUGGGGAAGCAAGAAAGUGGAGACUUCUCAGAAAACAUGACUUCUUUUUUUCUCUUGGUUCAAAGCAGUCUUUGCAACAUGGCUAAGUUUCUACAACUGUGUAUAGGCAUAUGUCCAGAACACUACACCGACGAAGAAAUACUUCUAUUGCUAUUGCUACUGUUCAAAGUGAGUUUGGAAAAAGAGCUGAAACAAUUUCCACUAGUGGACUUGGAGUACCUUAUUAUAAAACUGCUGGAAAAUAUCAGAAAGUGGGAUACAGAGAUGCCCAAGUUGUGUCUGGCAAUAAGUUGCCUGUCCAGCCACCAUCAUGACCUCUUGUGGUUGGUUCAGUUUGUUCCCAAUUGGACAGCACGUGGAAGACAAGUAAGAAGACGCCUAAGCUUGGUAGUAAUCUCAAAGCUUCUUAAAAAUGAUGUGAAUAUACCCUGUAGCCAGGACCAACAGAUGGCGCUUCUGUGCCAGGAUUUAGUGAAGAUGAAGCCUUCAACUCUGUUAAAGAGAACUGCAGAAAAAGUGAAGCAGCAAAGUGGUCUUAGUAAAGAGUCUCUUCUCUCUGAAUUUGAGCCCCAGGCCUACUACCUGACUUAUAUUCUUCUUCACUUGGUCAGGGAAGCGAGCAAUACUGAGGCUGCAUAUUCUAAUCAAAGGAAAUGGCUACUGAAACUCUGUGCUACUCUGGAAAAAUAUGUGAAAAGUGAUAUUAGGGAAGAUGCCAGGCUUUUCUAUAGAACAAAGGUAAAAGAUUUAGUUGCUAGAACGUACAGCAAAUGGCAACAAAUGAUCCACAGUUCUCGGCCUACUCAGGGGAAGAUUCAUGAUUUUUGGGACCCAGAUUCUUAGAAUGAAUGGAUUGGGAAGAAUGUCAAAAUCAAAGCUAUGACCAAGAAAACAGAGGACGAAGACUACUGUGCAGUCUAAGAACGGGAAGAAGAAAUCCUGUAAUCUAUAUUUCACUCCUUUGUGUGCCAACAGGGUUCUACUUUGCUGUUCUUUCAGUUAUCUUAAAAAUAAUUUUUAUAACAAUUAUUCAAUCUGCUUUUUUAAAAAUGUAGGUUGUAUUUUUUGAGUAGCCCUUUUCUACUUGUAAGAAGAGUCUUUGAGUCAGUCUUGGACUGCAAAAUUUUUUCCAUAAAAUAAAAAUCUGUGUCUUCUAAUGUACUUUUCAUGCAACUCCUAAUCCUGAAAAAUAUGGUACUGACAAAGAUAUGAUUGUAAAACUGACUACAGUGAAACAAAAUUGAGACACAUUAAUUAAUGUUGUUUGGUAUCAAGAAGAAGCUUCUCUGAGGGCCUUGCUAAGGCUCCGUUCAUGGGGGUAGGAACUGUAAUUUGCAAAUCCUUCACAGAUCAUAUCCCUUAGUGAUGGCUCUUAAAAUUCAGUGGCCCAUGAAAGUGUCCUUGUGCAGAGAAGAUCGGUCAAAAACUUGAGCUAAAAUCCUAUAUAAACUUAAACAAGUCUUAUUGAUAUCAGUGGGGCUUAAUCCCAAAUUUGAUAAGCAAAGGGGGCAGUAAACAUGGACAGUGCAAUCCUAAAGAGUGUUAUACCCUUCUAAGGUGAUUGACUUCAAUUACCUUAGAGUGUAACUCUGCUUAGGGUUGCAUUGUGGGUCUGGCUUCAAGAUAUUUUUAAAGAAGAUUAAGACAAUUCAUGGAAAUAUAAUGCUAAAAGUAUAAGGAGUUCUGUGCAGCAAUGUUACUCAAGGUUAGGCAAAAAUCUCUGUUUUUGUAGAAAUACAUGUAAAUUUCCAUUCAAAGACAAGUUUAUUCUGUGUUUUGUCAUGCCCUUAUAAGUAUGAACUGUAUAUGUACAAUUUACAUAUUCAUAUAUUCCAUAAGUAUGUCAGUCUUUUCUGCUAGUUAAUGACUUAGAUGUAUGUUUACUAAUUAAAUAUUUAUUUUACUUUGUGUGCAAUUUCAUAUUCUAAACUCUUUGCACUGCCAUAUUUGAGAAUACAGAAUUUUAGAAGCCAUAACAAAUUAAAAUGUAAAUAUAAAUAUAUAGUGCUAAGUCUAAAAUGUUUAGGGUUUUGUAUUAAUUGUUUUUAAAUAAAUUUGUUAUCCAUUUCAUGUGUAAGAGUACAAAAUAGAUGGAUAAAAUGAAUAUGCAUCAUGCUUUUCAGAUCUAUCGAAGGGUACAGUUCAUCAAUAGGAAUUUUGCUGAUUUUAGUGAGAAGUAGACUGUAGCCCAAGCCUAUGGAAAUGUUUUGUAUUUACAGUGGUUUUCAAAAUUUCUGUUAUUCCAAACCAAGGUGGGAGUAGGUAAGGGAAAGACUACCUCAGAGCGGAUGGGUUUAUUAAAACCAAACUGUUUAAAGAAGCACACAGGAUAUAUUUUACUGACCCAAUGUUCUGUGGCCAGGAUCCCACACAAAAAGUACUUCUGUUUGCACAUAGGGAAGUUGCUAAUUUUUCUUUCCAGCAUCUGUAUUUUCAGCUGUAUCAAAUGCUGAUGGGGAGGGUCCUCUAACUCUAAGAGAUGCUUUUUGUUAAGGAUCUGUAAUGAAAAAGGGGUACAUAAAGAUGUAAGUGCAUUUGCAGAACCCCAUGCAUAGUGUUUAGGAUCUCAACCUGUAUAUUAGAGCCUCUUCUCAGUUGUCCCACUGAAUAUCCUCUUGUUUACAACUUGAUUUCUCAGUUACUCCUACAUAUAAAAAACUCAAAACAUAUCUUUUUCUAUGAACAGUUUAUUGUAUCAUGUAUUGUGUUAAAACGCACCAUUUAUACUGCAAUUCAAACAUGCUUGGAACUAAAGUUUCCAGGUUAACCACUUUUUAUGUAACAGAAAUAAGUAUGAGAAUAAAAGUGUA